UCAUCUCUUCUCCCACCAUUCUCCAUUAAUGACAAACUAAAUAUUUUAUUUUCUCACUCUCCUUUCACCUAUAUGCCUUUAUCUCUCCUACCAUAUUCAUCUUCUUCGUAUCUAUUCAUGCUCAUGUCUCUCACCAAUCCUUUUUCAACCCCUCUUUAAAACCCCUAUUCUCUAUCUUCUUCUUCCCUCUCUCCUAAACUUCAGUACCAUCAUUAAUUUUGAGGAAAUCCACAAGGAGAGAGAAUUAACUUCACCAUCAUAAAAAUGGGGGAAAUUCACACGAUGAAGAUGGGGAAGAGAGAUAAAGGCAUUUAGGUGGAGGGAGAGAAAGAAAAUUGAAGGUUUAAGGUGUCAUUAAUGGAGGAUUGUGGGAUAAAAGAUGAAAAAGAUGAAGGUGGAGAGGAGAAAGAGACAAAAACCCUAAUGACGUUAGGGUUACGUCAACCAUAAGGUAUUUUGAGCAAAGUCCGGAAGUAUCUAGGAAAUUCCCCAAAUGUGAGAGGCAAUUUGAGAAUCACGUCAAAGCUAAGGAUUACAUGAGGAAAUUUCCCAAUAUUUUACAUCUAAUUUACCAACCAAUCUUACUAUCCCAUCCUCUCCCCCUUCCAUAUUUCUCAUUCUCUCUUCUCACUCCCUACUUUCAACCCCAACCACCACCGUUGCAGUUGCCACAACCACCACAAUGCCUCCUCCACCACCUUCCAACAAUAUCAUCACUUUUUUCCGACAUUUUUCGUAUCUCUCAUCUUGUAUUUAGGACGAUACCUAAAAAAAAUUUAGAAGUAGAUUUAGUCAUUUAGUUUUUUUUUUAAAAAAACUAUGUAGCAAUUUGGUCGAAACAUAUUUUAAAUUCAAUCCUGCAUCUUUCUUAGACUUAUAGUUAAUUUUACAACUAUAAGAAGGCAACCAACCAUCAUUAAAUGAGGACCAUGACCAUGACUCUACAAGCUUCCAAAGAAUACGGAGUGAAAUAUUGAAAAAUGCAACCUUCCAAGAAAAUUAAAAUAAAAAUAAGAAAGAGCUAGUUAGUUACCUUAUUUUUUAUUGGUCAACUAUAUCCACAAAAUUCCACUCAAAAAAACCCAAAAAAAAAAAACAUUUCCAACGAAAUACCAUAACUUGUAAUGAUUUACAAAUAAGUUGACUAUAUAAACCAUGAUGAAUCUUUAAAAAUAAACCUUCAUUUCUUUCUUCUUCAUAUUUUUUUUUUAGUUUACUCCAUUUUUUCAAUAAUAAAACAUGAGAGAGAAUAAUAAGAGUUCAAGUGCAGAGAGUUUGAAGAUGAUGAUUAUGACUACUGAUGGUGGAGUUAUAGAUAAAUCAAUUGCAAGUCUUGGAAAAGGCUUUGAUUUAACCUCAGAUUUUCGUUUAAAGUAUUGCAAAGGAAAUAAAAGGUUAGUUUUAAUCAAUGAAGAACAAAAGAAGCAACUUUAUGUUCCUGGUUUUGGCACUUUAAGACAACCUAUCUCCAUUGAUAUUAAAUGUGAUAAGGGUGAUCAUACUCGUCAUCAAUCUGAUAUCCUUGACUUUAACCAGAUGUCAGAGUUCUUCAAUAGAAUUUCUGCUGUCUCAGGGAAAAUUCCAUCGGGUAUGUUCAAUUCUUUGUUCAAGUUUGUAAGUGGUUCAUGGGCAAAAGAUGCAGCAAAUGUAAAGUUUUUGGGGCUUGAUGGUUACUCCAUUGUUUUAUUCAAUAUGCACAUUGAGCGUUAUCCGCUGCUUCUUAGUGACGAGGUCCGCAUGGAUGUCCCUUCUAAUUGGGAUCCCCGUGCUAUUGCAAGAUUUAUUGAAAAAUAUGGGACACAUAUCAUAGUGGGAAUAAGCAUUGGUGGGCAGGACUUGGUUUUGGUGAAGCAAGACAAAUCAUCCAAACUUGAUUCAUCAGAACUCAGGAAGCACUUAUAUGAGCUUGGAGAUCAACUGUUUACUGGCACUUGUCGCAUCAUUCCUAAGCAUCUCAGAACAAAAGAGCAAAGACCAAAGGUACCAUCAGCAUUCAACAUAUUUCAACAACAGACAGUCCUUUCUGAUAGUCUUUCUACAAUCACCUCAAAGGAUGGGAUCACUGUGAUAUCAGCUAAAAGAGGGGGAGAUCCAUCAUUCAGUAACCAUCUUGAAUGGCUUCCAACAGUUUCAUUGAUGCCUGAUGCAAUCAACCUCAGCUUCAUUCCUAUAACUUCACUUCUAAAGGAUGUUCCUGGGAAAGGUUUCUUAUCACAUGCUAUCAAUCUAUACCUUCGCUAUAAACCUCCAAUUGCUGAUUUAGAGUAUUUUUUAGACUUCCAAUCAGCCAGGAUAUGGGCGCCUCUACAUAGUGAUCUUCCGUUAGCCCCUACUGCAAAUAUUUCACUUCCAUCUUCUGCUCUUCAUUUCAACAUCAUGGGUCCAAAAUUACAUGUAAAUACUACAAAGGUUAAUGUUGAGAACAAACCAGUUACAGGGAUGAGAUUAUACCUUGAAGGCAUGAAAUGCGACAGGUUAGCAAUACAUCUUCAACAUCUAUCCAGCAUGCCACUAAUGCUCCAGAACAACAUAGACAAUACUGUAUUUUGGAGAGGGUCUGAUGAAAUAGCAGACAAUAGGUAUUCUGAACCAGUUCAAAAGAAAUUUUCACACAUAUGCACAGCACCAGUGAAGUAUGAUCCAUCCUGGACUUGUGAGCAACAAAAGGUGGUUUUCAUUGUCACUGGAGCUCAACUUUAUACUAAAAAAACGGGUUCAAAGCAAGUUCUUCAUGUUCGACUUCUAUUCUCCAAAAUAUUGAAUUCCGAAAUCAUUCAAUCAGAGUGGUGUUAUGGUUCAUUAGAAUCAUCCUCACAAAAGUUGUCGAAGUAUAGCCCAUCGAGUUCAGGGAGCCUAGAGAUGGAAAAGGAUCAAAUGGUAGUCGUGGAUUCUAGUAUUUUCCCUACCGGACCACCAAUGCCUGUUCAAAACCAGAAGUUCCUUCGGUUUGUAGAUACUACUCAUACAUACAGAGGGCCGCAAGAUAAUCCUGGUUAUUGGAUUGUUACUGGAGCUAGGUUAGGUUUAUUGAAGAGCAAGAUAGGUUUGCAAGUCAAAUUUUCCUUGGUAAAUAUGUGCUCCUAAGGAAAGCACUUACAGGGCUCAAACUAUUGUUAUCAAGUUGUUGAUGAAACAUGUACAGAAGAUUGUAAAGCUCAAAACAGGUACAGAAGAUUAUUUGAGGUCUUUGAUUUUGAACAAGGGUCUUCAAAUGAAGUGAAAUUAAGUAAGAAAGUGAUUUUGGGAGGUCUUGAAGUUCUACUCUUCAUUGUAAAUGUAUAUUAUCAGUAAGUUCACUAGAAUGCUAACUACUCGAGUUUUGAAACUGUUACUUUGUUGUUUGGGAUUAUUGUUGCACAAGUAUUUGUUGAUGUUGCUGCAACUUUGCUAUGGAUAUUGCUAUAAAUAGAAAUAGUGCUAUAAAUAGAAAUAGUAGCCAUUCUUUAUA